AUGUCUUCAUCAUAUCUCCCAGCAACUACUGAUUUGAUUACUCAGGCUUUAGAGGCCAUUUCUAUUCUUUAUCGCAUUCUUGAAAACCCUUCUUCUUCUUCUGAAGCUCUACAGAUAAAUGACCAGGCUAUCACAAAUCUGACGGAUCUUCUUAGACAAGAAAAUCGAGCAGAGGAUCUUCGUAACCUUCUCACCCAGUUGAGGCAUUUCUUUAACUUGAUUCCCAAGGCGAAAACUGCAAAAAUUGUACAUAGUAUUAUUGAUGCAGUAGCUAAAGUACCAGACACAUCUGAUCUUCAGAUUUCCCUUUGCAAAGAAAUGGUGCAGUGGACCCGUGCUGAGAAGCGAACUUUCCUUCGACAACGAGUGGAGGCCAGGCUUGCAUCUCUUUUGAUGGAAAGCAAGGAGUAUUCAGAAGCACUAAGUCACCUAUCAGGCUUGAUCAAUUUAUACAAAAAAUUUCAUAUCCACAUCAGUUAA